CUAUGUGAUGGCCGAGUAACAUCGCUGCUUUGCGAGUGUGUCAACAAAAACUCUUGCGCUGUGUGUUUUCUCACGUAAACCACCGAUGUUUCGUCGCUUUUCUUUACGAGGAUUCGAACCCUUAAGAGAUGAGAGAAAUAACGAGACUGCCCCUGAGGCACCCGGCAUGAAACGCAAGAAGAGCCCGCAGCCGGGCCACCGGGUGCUGGUGCCCACUGCUGACAGCCCCGGGCCCCUGUCGCCCCUGCAGCACGGCCCACCGCCGAUGCGUGCGCGGGGCUCCUCUGCGGGCUCCCUUGACGACGACAUGGUGGCCGACAACACAACGCUGGAGGGGGUGGGGCCUGCAAUAGUGGCCAGUGCCUCGCUGCUGGCCAAUGGCGGUGCAGCAGCGGCAGAAGCGGGAGGCGGUGCGGCUGCAUCCAGUGCAGACGAAGUGGACACGCUACUGGCCCACACACCCGACCUCCACCGGACCAGGGCAGCCUUGGAGCACAUCAGCCACAAGAUCGCACGGACUAGGGAGCUCAUCAAGGCCGAGCAGACGACCCGCGACGACAAUGUGAACGAGUACCUGAAGCUGGCAGCAAACGCGGACCGUCAGCAGAUGCAGCGCAUCAAGAGUGUCUUUGAGAAGAAGAACCAGAAAUGUGCCCAGUCCAUCUCCCAGCUACAACGGAAGCUGGAGGGAUACAUCAGGCGCAAACGUGAGCUGGAGACUCACGGUGCCACGGCGUCUUCCUCCUGGCAGCCGCGAGAUGUCCUGCAGAAUGUAGGGCAAGGCAUCAGUGGAGUGGUUGGCAACAUCAAGGGUGGACUGUCAGGCCUGGCAUCUGUGGCGCAUUCUUCAACUGACAACAAGUAUGCGUCGGACGAGGACAGCUCGAGCCUGACGUCCGAGUCGAGCCAGAUGGCAUCACACCACCCGGGUGUUGUUGGUGGUGGGAUGGGGUCGGGAGCGGCCACAGCCAGCCCUCGUCACCCGCCACUGGCCCCUUCCCAGGACCAGCCUUCGCUGCUUGUGGGCAUGGCCAGCCCAUCCGUGGCUCCACCCCCUCUCGCCUCCACGAUUGGUCAGAGCUUGGUACCCGAGGCCGAGCUCGAGCCCUUGCUUGCCGAGCUCGCUGAGCGGAGGGAGGAAUGCCAACGCCUGGCAGAGGAAAUUGAAGCCCUCAAGGUGUUCAUUUUCGGCUCUGCCUGCAAGCUGGAAACUUCGAACCAGCUUCACCACGAGUGUUCCUACUUCAGCCAGGCCUUGCAAGAGGAGCGGUACAGGUACGAGCGCCUGGAGGAGCAGAUGAACGACCUAAUCGAGCUGCAUCAGAAUGAAAUGGAGAACCUGAAGCAGGGAAUGGCCGACAUGGAGGAGAAGGUUCAGUACCAAAGCGAAGAGCGACUGCGAGACGUCCAAGAGCUCCUCGAAAACUGUCAGACCCGGAUCAGCCGCAUGGAGCAUCAGCAGCACCAGCAGCUACAGCAGCUGGUGAGCCUGGAUGCCCUGGACAACUCGCAGGCACGUGCCCUGGGCCUCAAACUUGUCAACGUCCUGCUCAUGUUGCUCCAGCUGGCCCUGCUCCUCGUCUCCACCAUAGCCAACAUCGCCAUGCCCUUCCUACAGUCCAGGUUACGAAUUAUCACGACUGCUCUUCUGAUCCUGGCCAUCGUCUCCGCUGCCAAACAGUGGCAGGAACUGUCGGCCUGGUUUCGACUACAACUAAACGAAGCUCUGGAACGGUGGAAAUGAGCAAACACCAGGCAUUGUCGUCCAGGAAGCGAACCGGCAAAGCCGCACUUGCGCCCAGGUGGCCCCCCUCUGCGUGUGGGUCCCCCGCGCUGCAAGUCGCGGCUAAAGCACCGUGCACGGCGUGCGCCGGCUCGGAACACCUCCACCUCGAGUCGCACCGAGCCGAGACGUCAGUGUUACAUUUGCCACCGAGCAAAAAAAUGGCCCUCGUGCCGAGACUUGCCCAAAUCGAAGAGGAGGAGCAGACUUCGUCGUCGCCUGUCGGACAAAAGCUCUGUACUGCUGCUGCGCCCCAUUUUCUUUCUGAACUCUCUACGGGAGCGUGUCAUGCACAGUUGUUGUGUGUUGUUUCUGACUUCUUUUUUCCCUGUUUACCCAUGUUCCGUGUCGUGUCGUCUUGCGAAGCAUUGCGCCGCUGCAGAAUCGACUCGCAUGCAUCAUUUGGAAUGGGUACUGUUACGCGGCGUUCGUGCCACCGCUUUACAUGCGAUGCCAACGCGGCAGUCAUUCCUUUCUUGAUUGGUGCCUUACAAGCUGUCACCGUGGAGAGAAGCGAUUGUUUGUUGUUGGCAACUCUGCACUUCCGAGAUAGAUUUAUUUCGCUUUAAUUUAAUGGUUGCUUUUACGAACUAAGGUUGUCCGCAUAGGCUACGCAAAAACGGUGUUUAGCUUGCUUUUUAGCUGGGAGAAGCAAGAGUCCCGGUUCCCUCUCUCCCCUCGCACUUGCUUUCGGUGCAGUGAAAGGCUACACUAUCAACGGGCUUAGGCAGCUGGCAUUUUUUUUCUGUGUCCAUUCUUUUCACUGCACGGAAGGGGAUGCCUUUGCUCUCUCUUGCCACCGUCGGUACAUUCAGCCCAACUCCGCAGCGGGAACUCAAUCUUGCGCCUGGUGAUGUCUGACUGAGUGCGGCACAUUUACGGCUAUUGCACUUCGAAACAUUCCAAAGCGUAUCAUGCGAGUAGCUUCAGAGCAGCUGCUGCAAUGCCGGUUUCCUGAACUUUGUGUGACAAAGUAGGAUUGCAGGUCUUGUCAAGCGUUCAAAGGCGGUGAGCGUGUUGUAUACACAUUACAUGUAUGCGCGUGUACGAUGUGUAAGUCAUUCUUUUAAAUAUUCUGUGAUAAGCGAGCAAAGGGAUUUUGGUGUUGCCGUGCCGACUGCACGAGCCUCGCCGUCUAAGGUGGGACACUUUGCCACCACAAUGCGGGCUCGUUGCAAAGUGCGUCACAAACUGCCCAUUGCUUGAUUUGGUUGGAACGUUUGUUUGAGCAGUUCUUCCAUGCCGCUGCUUUCCUUUUUUCCCCCUCCUUCGUAGGCCGGGCGAGUGUUUCACAUUUGGACACAUGGUCCAUUAUUAACGUGUUUUACGGGGCAUCAUGUUAUAGUGAUGACAGCGUCUCUCUGCAAUCGCAUUGUCUUUUUUUUCUCGCGCUUAGUCUCCGUUGCAGUGAGGCCUGUGUUGUAGUAGGUGAAUGAUUUUUGAUGCAUUCCACAUCAGACUGUUGAUUAUAGCACGUAGGUUUGUGUAUGUCGUGACUAUCGCUUUAAUUUACACUAGGAAACGUGGAAAGUUUUCGUACCGUUGUCAUGAAACAGCAUCCAUUUAAUUUUUCUUUUUACAUAGUUGUAAAUGCAAGACCGGAUGGCCACCACCGUUUUAUUUUAAUAACUUGCGUACGAGGCAAACCAAAAUAUUUUAAUUGCACUUAGAUUUGUGUGUCUUAUGCAGCAGAGCUAUCACUUGCGCGAAGCAGAUGUUGAGAGUACUACUAGUAAAAAAGGCGUGCAUUUUCAGGUGGCUGGAUAGUAGUGGUUUCAUAUUUUAUAGUAAUGUCUAUUGGCUUUGCUGAAAUACCAAAGUUUCAUGCUCUUGUCAAAGAGGAAAAAUGAGAUUGUAUGGAGUGAACACUUUUUAACAGCGUCACGGUGAUAUUGUUAUGCUGAAGUGACCUAGGCUGUUUACUGUACUUUAGUCUGAUUGAAAAGUGCUGUCCUAUGUCAGAUCGAAAAUGAGGUUAUUGGUGAAUGUUUUUUGUGUUGGUACUGUCACAGUGAAUGUAGACGUUAAGUAUUUCUGUGUCUAAAUUUGAUUAUGGGCAAUGUUUAAUGAAUCUGACACUUCAGUAAGUGUUUUUAAGGUUAAUAAAAAUGGAAAGUACACUUGA